GCGUGGCAGGGCGCGGCGGGAGAGGAGCGGAGCGGGACAGGGACAGAGACACGGGCAUGGAUGCAGGCGAGGGGAGGGCGCAGCCCCAUCUGGCCGCGCUGGUGCUGGCGCGGGGCGGCAGCAAGGGGAUCCCGCUGAAGAACAUCAAGCUGCUGGCGGGGGUGCCGCUCAUCGGCUGGGUGCUGCGCGCUGCCAUCGACGCCGGCGUCUUCCACAGCAUAUGGGUUUCCACAGACCACGAUGAGAUCGAGAAGGUUGCAAAGCAGUUUGGUGCUCAGGUCCAUCGCAGAAGCCCUGAAGUCUCUCAAGACUCCUCAACUUCUCUAGAAGCCAUCACAGAGUUUCUCAAUCAUCAUCGUGAGGUUGAUAUUGUAGGAAAUAUUCAAGCAACAUCUCCCUGUUUGCAUCCCAGUGACCUUAUAAAAGUAGCAGAUCUGAUCCAGAAGGAGGGGUUUGAUUCUGUCUUCUCUGUUGUCAGGCGGCAUCAAUUCAGAUGGAGUGAGGUAAAGAAAGGAGAAAAAAAGAUGACAGAACCCCAAAACCUGAAUCCAGCAAAGCGGUACCGGAGGCAAGACUGGCCUGGGGAGCUCUAUGAAAAUGGCUCAUUUUAUUUUGCCAAGAGACAUCUGAUUGAGAAAGGCUAUUUGCAGGGUGGUAAAAUGGCCUAUUACGAAAUGCGUGCAGAGCACAGUGUGGAUAUUGAUAUAGACAUUGAUUGGCCUAUUGCAGAGCAGAGAGUGUUGAGCUUUGGAUAUUUUGGCAAAGAGCCACUAAAAGAGGUGAAGCUCUUGGUUUGCAGUAUUGAUGGAUGCCUGACCGAUGGUCGCAUUUAUGUGACAGAAGAUCACAAGGAAAUGGUCUCCUACGAUUACAGAGAUACUGUUGGCAUUGAUCUGUUAAAGAAAAGAGGAAUCCAGGUUCGACUCAUCUCUGACAGAGACUGCUCAAAAACACUGUCAGCCAUGCAGCUGGGAUGUGUAGCAAAAGUCAAUGUAACAAAUAAACUGCAGGUUCUGAAGGAUUGGCAGGAAGACAUGGGCUUGAGCUGGAAAGAGGUGGCUUACUUAGGAAAUGAGGAGUCAGAGGUGGAGUGCCUGAAGCAGGCAGGCAUGAGUGGUGUGCCUGCUGAUGCCUGUGCUGCGGCGCAGAAGGCUGCUGGUUACAUCUGUAAGAGCAGAGGUGGCUGUGGAGCUGUGCGGGAGUUUGCAGAACACAUAUUCCUGCUCUUAGAGAAAGUGAACUCUGCAAGGAAGCAACUGGAAGAAAUCAGCUCAGCAGGGAAGGAAAUGGGAAGAAAUGAAAACAGCAGGAAAGGAAAUAAGGAACUGAUGGAAAAGGAGUAAUGCCAUUGGUCAAUCCUGCUUUUCUUCCUCAUUGCAUCCAUAUCCCAAAGGAAUGCUUACCUUUCAAACUUUACAGCACAGUAGAGUAAAAAAGGUGUCUCCCUCUAAUUCCAGGUCUCACAUUCAUGAUUAUAUGCUGAAAAUACGAUCAUCUCCAUGAUGAUUUUAAAAGCCAUUGAAGUGCAAUGGGAGGAAUGCUACAAAAGAGAGUUCCCUGGAAAUCUACUCUUAAUCAUCACACCUGUCCUGCAGGAACGAUGCAUCUUUAUUUCAUAAUCUGAAUGUUUUCAGGGAUCAAUGAUUUUGCAUGACUUGAAGAUUUGUAAUUCAGGCUUAGAAAAACCAAAACUUCUGUCAGUUUUGCUCAUGUGGUUUGCAUUUCUUUUAUGAAAUGCAUGGUGUUGUGGUUGUGGGAUUACAUUUUACAGGCUUUGUCCUUAGCAAGGAAGAGUUUUAACAUAUGCUGGAGAUGUCAGGUUUAAAAUACUAUCAAUAAAACUUCCUUCCCUAUUUUUAAAAUACAACACAAUUACUGUAAAACAAUUUAAUAUUUGUUUAAAAAAGCACUUUAGCAUGUGUUCAGUUUUGAGCUUAUAAAUAAUUAAAUCACAUUUGGAAUUGUG